AUGGCAGGGCGGAACAUCACAGCGACCAUGUCUCUACGGAGCGAGCCAGACUCCUCCCCUGUGCAUACAACCCUCCCAGCAGGCCCCUGGCCAGCAGGUCCCACCCACGCCUACAACAGGCACCUCUCCCCCGUAGACCUCGCCGCCAGCCAGGGCAGCAUCUUCCGGCGCCGCUUCGAGAGACCGGGCAACUACCUCAUCCGCCUGCGCCAGUCCGACUUCAAGCUCCCGGACCCCAUCCCCAGCGAGCCGCUCACCUACGACCGCAGCCUGAGCGCGGCCAACCCGGGGGACAGCCCCCUGCCGCCCCCGCCGUUCCUGCGCCGCUGCCUUCCCGACUUCGCCGCCUGCGACAUGUCCCGUUGCGGGGAUGCCGACCGCUUCGACUACCACGCCGACGGGGAGGACGGAGAGGAGGGAGAGCUGGCCGAGUGCCACAGGUGCGGCGGCGACCCGGAGCUCCUCGAGCCCCGCGCCGAGAUGCACCGCCUGCCCUGCGGGCAUCUCCUCUGCGGCGCCUGUCUCCACCUGACAGCUAUCAACGCCGUCGCCGCCGCGCACAGCGACAACCCGCUCGUCGGGCGGCGCAUCCGCGAGGCGGCGGGGGAGCUGGGCCGGCUGAGGCGGGACCUCGCCCCGCGGGAGACGCCGCGGCUGCGGGCGGUGCAGGAGGCGAGGAUGGGGAGGCACCGGCGGGAGCUGCUUGAGCUGCUCGGGCUGUCGUGCUGCGGGGUGGACAUGCACAUUGUAGAGGACUGGAUCCUUUGCCUGGACGAGUGGGCUGCCCGCUCGCUCUGGGCGGUGACCUGGAGGCUCUUCCGGGGCGAGGGCCAGUACGGUGUCGUGCGGUGCGCCUGGCGGGAUUGUGGUGCGGCUAUCCCAUCUUGGUGUAGCUUCAAGGCUGAGGAUGAGACGCGGUGGUAUUGUGUUUCCUGCGAGGGGAACUCGAUGUGCCACGGCGGGGGUCUUGCGCCUGCUCGGUAA